CACACUUUAGUAUCACUAGUAUGCAAAUAAUUUCACAUUGAUAAGUGUCAUGCAAGAAAUCUAAAAUAUGAAAUUGUUUGAAAUAAUUUUUACCUUCGGGUUAUUCUCCACUGCUGUUGCACUAACCGUCGACAGAAUCGAAUACACACCUACACCUAUUUAUGAGCAUGAUAACCUUGAACUGAAUUGCGUCUACAAUCUUACAGGCGAGAAAUUGUACGCUGUAAAAUGGUAUUAUGAAUUUUAUGAAUUCUUUCGCUAUGUUGAGGACGAGACACCGAGAACUACAGCGUUUCCACAUGAUGGGAUGAUUAUCGAUUCGGACAAAUCUGAUGAGACUAAGGUCCUCCUCAUGAAUGUAAGUCUAGCCCUGAGUGGUUCAUAUAUUUGUGAGGUGGCCACAGACGCACCUCGUUUUUUGGCAGAGCGUGCAACUACUGAAAUACAAAUUUUUAGCGAAUCGAAUCGAACCAUAUCGCACAAGAACGGGGCUGACAAAGGAUUUCAGAAUCCACCACUGGCAAUUAGAAGUACAUUAUGGUCAAAAUUAUUUGGAGACUAUAAUAAAAAUUUGUACCCAGACGGUGGAGCUGUUAUCCUAGUUGAAAUGAGUUUGAUUGAUGUGGACAUGAACACCGAGGGUUUCAUGGAUGCCAAUGUGUGGACAAAAUUGAUUUGGACCGAUAGCCGAUUGAAAUGGGAUAUGGAUUUGACUCCAGUAGAAUUCAUGACGGUAGCAGAGGAUAAUUUGUGGAGACCAGAAAUUUUUCUGCUAAACGGACCAAAACCAAGUGGCGACUGUUCAAAAUUGGGGAGCGUGCUGGUCACACCGGACGGAAACGUAUCGUGGACUUCCUCUUGUGUCUAUAGAACCUUUUGUGUCUGGAAUUAUGCACUAGAUCCUUGUGAGGAGCAAAGUUGCGGUAUGGAAUUUGAAGCCUGGAACAGAUCUGGUGUUACUGAUGUGAUUGUGGAGGAGAAAGGAUUUGAUUUGAAGCGAUAUGUCCAGCGGAAGUACAACGUGACUAGAAAUUCUGCCAGGAAAACCGUACUUGAAACGGGGAAUGAUAAUUCAAUCGAAUUUGCGAAAAGUGUGAUUUUUUCAUUGGAAUUGAAAAAGAUUGGGUGUGAGGGUAUUGUUUGAAUAUUUUUGAGAAAAUGAAGAGAUAUAUAAAUGAGUUAUUAAAAUUUGUAU